GUUAAGCCAGCUAGGUAAGUAUUUUGGACUUGAAACAGCAUUACUUUGCCUGACCUUCGAUUGAACAGUUGUUUUAUACUUCAUGAAAAUGACACUUCUAUUGUGGCUUUCUAUCUGCUCUCUAUUCGGAGCUGCGUUUUCUUGCGACGCUUACAUCAAGACCAACCAAUGGCCCGGCCGCUCCGUCAUCGUACAAAUGUUCGAGUGGAAGUGGUUGGACAUAGCUGAGGAGUGCGAGAGGUUCCUUGGACCCAAAGGAUUUGGUGCUGUACAGACUUCGCCAGCAUCAGAGAACUUGAUACUAGAUCUAAACGGUACAAGACCUUGGUACGAGCGCUACCAAGUGAUGUCUAACAAACGGGUCACCCGUUCAGGAAACGAAGCUGAUUUCUUGAACAUGACUACUAGGUGCAACAAAGUUGGUGUUAGAAUUUACGUGGACGUCGUAUUCAACCAUAUGGCGAUACCGCAGAAUACAAAUAAGGUUUACAAUGGGACUGGUGGCAGUACUGCUCUCAUUGACGAAUAUUUGUAUCCAGCAGUUCCAUAUAGGAAGGAACACUUUCAUCACCCAGUGUGUGAAGUCAAUGACUACGAUAAUGCUACAGAGAUUCGAGUAUGUCAGCUGGGUGGAUUGCAAGAUUUGAAUCAGACAAUGCCUUACGUGCGUCAGAGGAUUAUCGUGUACCUAAACGAGCUUAUUGAUCUUGGUGUAGCUGGUUUCAGAGUAGAUGCAGCAAAGCAUAUGUGGCCAGAAGAUCUAAAAGAAAUUUACAAGUACCUCAGCAAUUUGAAGACAAACCAUGGAUUCCGAAAAAAUUCCAGACCUUACAUUUACCAUGAAGUUUCAAAGGGUGGAGUAGUUACGUAUGCUGAUUACAGAGAUAUUGGAGAUGUUACGGAAUUCACUGCUGGAACAGAAUUAGCGCUAAUAUUCACUGGUCGAAAGCCACUGAAGACGCUAAGGUCUUGGGGCACUGCGGAACUGGAUAUGAUGCCAAAUGGAAAUGCCUUAGUUUUCGUUGACAAUCAUGACACACAACGCAAUGGAUUUAUAUUGACGCAUAGAAAUGCUACAUUAUAUAAGGCAGCUUUAGCAUUUCUUCUAGCACAUCCGUAUGGGCAGCCUCGAAUGACAAGCAGUUUUUAUUUCAAUAGUUUUGACGAUGGUCCUCCUGCUGAUAGUGAAGGAAAUAUUAUAUCUCCUACUAUUGACGAGAACGGAAUGUGUGAUGAAAAUUGGGUAUGUGAACAUCGCUGGGGCCCCGUGUACAGAAUGGUGGCGUUCAGAAAUGAAGUAAUGAAUACAGAAGUUAACUACUGGUGGGACAAUGGGAACAACCAAGUUGCGUUCAGUUUGGGGGACAAAGGAUUCAUUGCUUUCAAUACUGAAGGGAGUGAGAUGCAUGUGGAGAUACAGACAGGACUUCCAGCUGGGAUCUAUUGCGAUAUAAUAUCAGGAGAAAAAGACAAAGAAUUACCUUUUUGCACUGGGAGAAAUAUAUCGGUAUCCAUUACUGGGAAGACGGAAAUAAUUUUAUCUGGUGCCGAAGAAACUCAUCUUGCCAUACAUGUUGGAAAAGAGUCGCUUUUGGUGUUGACGGGAUAAGGAGAUUCGAUAAACCAGAAGUUAGUACCUUAUUAGGUAUAGUAGACUAUUGUCUACUAUUAAAAAGAUUUUGAAUGUAGUUUCGAGACGUUAGUUUUCGAUAUUUUAAUCUUAUUUAAUACUUGUUUUUCUCCUUUACUUGUAAUGUAGUAAAUAAUUUAUGAGAAAUAUUAUUUGUUAAUGUAAUAUAGUAGAUAAUAUGUAUGGUCUGAUUUUUAAUUCGAGUCAGUAAAAUGACAGGAGCAACUGUCACUUUCACAAAAAAGGGUGACUCACUACAAUAGUGAUGUUCCACAAUCGAUCGACUUAGAAGUUUAGUCAUGAUUUAUUUUAUUAGGUAUCAGAGCGUUGUUUUUAUUAUAAAUAUUUAAAGCAUAACGUAUUAAAUAAUACGAUUUUAGAAAUAUGAACCUUCCCAGCAUACUAAAACUUCUCAUUACAACAUUAUUACAUAAAAAAAAAUAUAACAACAGUAUUCUAUGUAAUAUUUAAUUACAUGUCUCCAGUUUAAUUUCCGUAAAUUACAUAUUUAUAUUAAUAUAAAGCCAAUUUGAUAUUAAUAAAAAAUGUAAUGUAUGUACAAAUAAAUAAAUGAAUGUAAUCUAGACUAACUUUUAAUUCUCGAUUUAAAAAUCUCGAUUUUCCACAUCACUAUUUAUUUGGGACCCUAUUUUUUUAAAACCGCGCAACACUGGAAAUGUCCUUUUACUGACUCGAAUUAAAAAUCAGACUAUAGGUAUUAAUCUAUGCUUUGUACUUAAUUGUUUUUAAUUUAUCGAUGUUGUGUGUUGUACUUAUUUGUCAUGUAUGUAUGUGUAUGUAGGUAUAAGAAUUAAAACAUUUAAUUGCA